GCUGUUAUGAAAUCCAUUUUGAAAGGGUUUGAGUUUCUUCUAUAAUAACCUUUCAUUAACCGAUUUAUCUGCCGUUUUCUUACAUCAAAACUAGAGAGUUGACAGUGAGAAAUGUCGAGAGGGGGAUACUCUACGCUACCCUCUACAGCCCCGAGUGCGAGUUUGUUUGAAUCAUACGAGCAGCAAGUAGCGUCUGCCUCGGCUGAAAUCACAUACAGCAUCAGUAAAAUCACAGCCCUUACUGAAAGUGAACGCCAACAGUCCAUGGAUAACAUACAGAGGUUGUUGGAAGAUCUAAAAGAUACAUUGGAGCAGAUGGAGUUGGAGAGUAGAGACCACUCGACGGCAGAGAGGAACAAGUACAUGACUAGACUGAGGAGCUACAGGACAGAGGCGAAGAGGCUGGAGGAGGAGUUCCACGCAGUCAAAUACCCACGCAGAUCCCUACAACAGGACAGGAUGGAGCUGUUAGGCAUUGAUGGCGAUGACCAGAAACAGAAUUUGCUGAAGAACAGUGAGAGAAUCGAACGCGGAACCCGUCGAUUGGAAGCAGGAAACAAAGUGGCAAUAGAAACAGAAGAACUGGGAGCGGAGAUCCUUCGGGAUUUGCACGAACAAGGAGAGACGAUAGAGAAAUCCAGGCAGAGACUCCGCAGCAUGAACGCAGAUUUGGGAAAGAGUUCACGCGUGCUGAGUGCAAUGUUAAUGAGGGCCAUCCAACACCGAAUCGCACUAAUGUUGAUUGUUUUGGUGUUGAUAGCGGUGGCAGUAAUAGUCAUUGUCGUUCUUACACAGACCAGCUAGCACCAUUUCUACGCAGAUCAACCGCCGAUAGAGUAUCUACUUCGCGUUUUUGAACUGGCUGGUUUCCCACCUACUUUAGUUUGCUUAAACUUCCUUCGGUUUAGGAUUGAGUAUCAUGUAGCUUUUGCCAAAAUCAGAUGUGUAUUGUAUUUAUUUUCGAGGCUAUCUUAGAAUGAGAAUUUUUAAUUUGGUGUUAUAUAGCUACUAAACACGUAAGUGUAAAUAGGAGCGAUUGGCGUUUAUUUAAUAAAUGUAUAAA